AGAAUGAAGAGAACAAUGAGCAGUGAAUCUUUGUUACCCUAUUACACAGCUCACAGCUACCGCUCGAUGGGUGUAUUCAAUACCUCCAUGGGAGACCUGCAACGGCAACUGUACAAGGGAGGAGAGUAUGACAUCUUCAAGUAUGCACCCAUGUUUGAGAGCGACUUCAUCCAGAUCAGCAAGAAAGGAGAGGUGAUUGAUGUCCACAACCGUGUCCGCAUGGUGACGGUGUGCAUCGCUUCCACCAGCCCCAUCCUCCCACUCCCUGACGUCAUGCUGCUGGCACGGCCAACUAAAGUCUGCGAGGAGCAUGCCAAACAGGGCCGGUUCACCAAGAACAAGGGCCGCAAGCCUGCAAAGACGCUAGAGCUAACGAGGCUGCUUCCCUUGAAGUUUGUCAAGAUCUCCAUCCACGAUCGUGAGAAGCAGCAGCUGCGUCUGAAGCUGGCCACAGGCCGGACCUUCUAUCUACAACUCUGUCCCUCUUCGGAUGCACGAGAAGACCUCUUCUGCUACUGGGAGAAACUUGUCUACCUGCUGAGGCCACCAGCGGAGAGCUGCAGCAGUACCCCUACACUUCAAACUGGGGAUGCCACCACCAUAGAUGAUGACAAAAGCCUUGUGGCUUCAGAGCUUCGUGGAACAGGGAGCCCGGAUGGUGGCAUUCACAAGCUUCGGGAGGUAUCUGCAGCCACCUCUUCCGCUUAUGUUGGGGGAGAGGGCAUCCAGGUUGCUACAGCGUCUGCAACCACAAGCACUUCAGGGGCUGCGGAAGGAGCAGCAGGAACAGCUGGUGGCCUGGCAGCUGCAGGGGCAGCAACAGGCAGCACAGCAGGUGCAGCAGUAGCAGGGGCAGCAGCGUGUCCUACAGCAGGUGCUGUGAGCCUGGCAACAACCAAGUCCACAGGCUCAGGUCAGGUCACCACGGCCCUGGCAGGGACAGCCAACAGUGAUCCAGGAGAAGGUGGAACCAGCAAGGCCGUGGCAGGUGCUGCCAGUAUAACCUCUGAUGGCAUGAAUGUGGUCAUUGUAGGGGCCGCAAGCACCACCUCCUCAGCAGUUAAUUCCCCAGGGGCUUCCAGUGUCUCCCCAGAAAGCAGUCUGAGUGUGGUGUUUGCAAGCACUGUGAUGACCAACGUGCCUACAGCAGAAAAGAAGGAAGGACCAUUGCCCCCCCUCGUAUCAACCUUGCAGAGCGAGGGCUACAUGUGUGAACGUGACGGAAGCCAGAAGAUUUCCAAGACCCAUGCUGAAGUCCGCAAGGAAAGAAAGGAAAGAGACAAAAAGAACAGAAAUACCAGCCGGAAAAGUUCCCGUCACCGCAGGACAGGUGAAGGUCACCACAGGACAGGAGGCGACAAGAACCGGAAGUCUUCCUCACACCGGUCUGUAUCUGGCCGCGCCAGAGAUGACAAAAAAGGGCAGGGCAACGUAAGGAGCAGAGGACACGGCUCUCACAAAAGCGCCAGCCACAGCCCCACCACGAGGGAGUCCAGGACGGCUCACAAACUGGGGAAGAGCCGAUCUGCAACCACAUCAAGUUCUGUAAGUAAGAAGAGCAGUAAAAUCGGCUCUUUCUUGAGGAGCUUCAGAGCCAUCCCUGGCUCAAAAAUGGCAGACACGUCGCACGACAGAGAAGUAGACAUCAUGGCUAAGACAGUGGAGAAGCACAACAUAGAGGCCAAGGUGGAGAAGGACAAGGACGGCCAGGAGCUAGGGAUCACUGGUACCAUGACAUCCGAGACGACAGAGACUAUAAUCUUUGAAGCCAAAUCCAUUUAA